UUAAAACUAUUGUUUCAAUAAAAAUAGUUUGGGAUAAUAUUUAUAAUUUCUUACAUUAAAUGAUGAUGAAUUUAAUUUAAUUUAAUAUUCUAAUAUGAAGAAGCUCAUCAUCUACCUACCUCCUUUUUCCUCAUAGUUUCAGCAGACUUAAAAUUCCCCACAGUUUCCUGUAAAUUUUGAUCCAACUACCACCGAUUUUCUCCGAAAAUGGCGAUUUCAUCCACUGCUUCAAGUUUAACCUCACUCUACACGCCAACAACUCCUCAGCGUACACCAUCAACCUCUCUAUUUUCGUCUUCGAAUUCAUCCUUCCUCACCACGACAUUCAAACCCUUGAAUCUCGUCCAACGACACAGAUCCAUUCCGGCCAACACCAAAAAAAGCGGUUUUUCUUGUAAUUGCAUGUUCGGACUUGGUAUGCCGGAGCUGGUGGUUAUCGCUGGCGUCGCCACCCUUGUUUUCGGCCCUAAGAAGCUGCCGGAGGUUGGUCGUAGCAUCGGAAAAACCUUCAAGAGCUUCCAACAGGCAGCAAAAGAGUUUGAAACAGAGCUGAAAAAGGAAAGUGAACCGAUUGAAGAGUCGAGAACUGCUUUAAAUGAGAUCAUUGAGCAGGAAAAUGGAGACGCCAAUAGCACGAAGAUGAGUUUGUAGAAAGCGUCUAGAUUGUUGCAUGUUAGAGAGUGUUAGCUUAUAAAAGCAAAAUUUAGUAUUCCAAUUCGACUUUUUGUAACAUCUUUGAUCAUCAAGAUUCAAAGAAUAAACUUUACUAUUUGUAGUGGCGUGAAUUUAUUUCAGGUGUAACUUUUAAUUAAUAAGUGAUAUACAAGGGUGUUUUGGAUGUGUAUUUCGAAAGUGAUUAUCUGAUAUUGAAUAAUCAGAAUCGGAUGAUCCACUGUAAUAAAACAAAAGACAAAAUGUCUCGUGAGAUUAAAUAUUAACAAACAACUUAGAG